AGGUCUAUCUUUCUUUUCUUCAGUAUGGUAAUGCGUCUUUUCCCUGCUGAUUUGGCCGACCGCGUGGGAGGUCGAGAGGCUGUGCUCAUGGUUGCGAAAAGAUUCUAUGAGUUGUCGUUUGAAGACCCCAUUCUCGGUUGCUUGUACGAGGACAAAGAGGAACCUCACUACAUGAUGUUCUGUCGCUGGAUAUUCACUGCUCUUGGUCUUGAUGAUGAAAUGACUAAGCGUGGUGGUACCAGGAUGAUCAACACUAUGCAUAAGAAGGCCCAACACUGCCCUCACCGUGCAACGGCUCCUAAGGAGGCUGGUUACGUUGGAGCUGGGUUCACUCAGGCACAGCGAAAUCGUUGGCUUCGUAUGCAGUUCAAGGCUUGUGAGGAGUUCAACCUACCUCGGGAGUUUGUGGAGCCUUAUAUCCACGGCCUCUGUGUCUUCAUGGCAGCCUAUGGCCCCUUCACCGAGAACCGCGCUGAAGAAGGCCCUCAACAUGGUGAAUGUCCUAUGAGGUUGUUUCGCAACCGCACGGAGUCCGAGGUGAAGGUCUCUCACACUGCCCCGCACAUUGCAGGCUUUGACUUGCCUCCCGUACAAGAAGAAAGCAAGUGCCCUAUGGCUCACUAAGAGUUGAUGGAUAUUCUGAAGUUAUUUUUUGUAUGGUUUUGUUCUCUCCUUGUAUGGUACUAUUCUUCUCUGACUUCGAUGAGCUGCAUUGUGAAUACUCAUUCUGUUAGCUUGAUGGAAGGUAUCGCUGUCCGUGGUUGUAUCUGUGGCGUCAAGCCCACUUUGCUCACUCCGUCUUUUCUGGACAUGACGUUGUACAUUAUACGUUGAGCGUUCAUCUAUCUGCUGACGAUAUCUAAUCACAGCAUCUGGUUCUCUACUAGAUGUAUCUGGAGUGCUGUGCUCAUUGCAAGUACGCUGUGCAAUUUUAUGCCCAGAAUGGGAGCCAUUUGGGCUUGCACAGUCUUUCUCAUUAUGGAAAUCGUUAGAACUGCCUUACGUCCCGAAUGUAGUCGGAGUUUGAUGCUCUAUCUGGUUUCGAAGCGAGCUGGUUACUCCUUAUGCAUCGGCAUUCCUUUCUAUCGCAUUGCAUACUGCCAAUCGCCUGUGAGAUCGUAAAGAUUUCUAAUAGGAUGUAGUUGGGUCGCCUACUCU